CUCAGGCGUGACAUGUACGGCAUUUCCUGUGGGGGCGGAUCGUAGGAUGGCAGGGUGGCUGCUGACUGUAGCGCGUUUCAAUCAAUUUGAUUCGGGAAAAAAGGAGCAGCAGUUGGAUUGAAGGGUGUAAUAACCCAGUGCUCACUUUUUUUCAUGUGUAUCGAGGACGUUUGAACAGUGUUUAAACUGGUCCACCAAAUAAUGUGGGUUUAAUCAAUUUUAUAGACAGUUCAGCGGCUUGUUAUAUGAAAGAUUUAGUUAAGAAUCAAGAGCACAGUGUUAUUAGGGUUGUAGCUGUUGCCGAGGACAGGCCGGUCGGAGGUUUUUUUUAAGCAACAGGGGUACGGUACUGUCUCAGACAUAUCCGACGUAUGCGGCUUUGAAGAACAACAAACAGCCUUGCUUAAUUGUAAAUAACACGCAAAGAUGGAUUUAAAAUCCCUUUUUAUAUGCACGCUACUGGGGUGUUUGCUGUGUUACAUUAAUGCUCAACAAGAUGGAAAUGACUGUAUUAAAGCCAAUGCAAAGUCAUGUGGAGAGUGUAUACAAGUUGGUGCAAAUUGUGGAUGGUGUACUGAACCAGAUUUUUUAAAACAAGGGGAGCCGACCUCGGCAAGGUGUGAUGUUCUUGAAUCUCUCAAAAAACGGUGUACAGAGAUUGAAAACCCCAGAGGCGAUAAAACAGUGCUUCUGAACAAGGCAGUAACGAACCGCAGUCAUGGCACAGACGAACGUAAACCAGAAGAUAUCACGCAGAUUCAGCCGCAGAAAAUGGCUUUAACCCUGCGAUCAGGUGAACCACAGACCUUUGAACUGAAAUUCAAGAGAGCAGAGGACUACCCCAUUGAUCUCUAUUACCUUAUGGAUCUCUCAUUCUCCAUGAAGGAUGAUUUGGAAAAUGUGAAGAAUCUCGGAACUAAUCUGAUGCGUGAAAUGCAAGACAUUACUUCUGAUUUUAGAAUUGGUUUCGGCUCCUUUGUGGAGAAAACUGUGAUGCCCUACAUCAGCACUACCCCAGCCAAGCUGCUGAACCCUUGCACUGGCGACCAAAACUGUACCAGCCCCUUCAGCUACAAAAAUGUCCUCAAGCUCACCAACAAUGGAAACCAGUUCAAUACUCUUGUAGGACAGCAGCAGAUUUCUGGAAACUUGGAUUCUCCUGAAGGUGGUUUUGAUGCCAUAAUGCAGGUUGCUGUCUGUGGUGAGCAUAUUGGCUGGCGAAAUGUCACCAGAUUGUUGGUGUUCUCCACUGAUGCAGGAUUCCACUUUGCUGGAGAUGGGAAACUGGGUGGAAUAGUUCUGCCAAAUGAUGGAAAGUGCCAUCUGGAAAACGGCAUGUACACCAUGAGUCAUUACUAUGACUAUCCAUCUAUUGCCCACCUUGUACAGAAAUUAAGUGACAACAACAUCCAGACCAUCUUUGCUGUGACAGAAGAAUUCCAGCCUGUUUACAAGGAACUGAAGAAUCUCAUUCCAAAGUCUGCUGUAGGAACUCUCUCUUCCAACUCCAGCAAUGUAAUCAAGCUGAUUAUCGAUGCUUAUAAUUCUCUGUCUUCAGAGGUAAUCCUUGAGAACAGCAAGCUUCCAGAGGGGGUGACUAUUAAUUAUGUUUCACAUUGCAAGAACGGGCUCGUCAACACUGGAGAAAACGGAAGAAAAUGCUCCAACAUUUCCAUUGGAGAUGAAGUCAUGUUUAAUAUCAGUAUUACUGCACACAAAUGUCCAAAGAAAGGCCAGGAUGAAACAAUCAAGAUCAAACCACUGGGCUUCACGGAAGAAGUUGAAAUCAAACUUAAGUUUAUCUGCGAGUGCGAGUGCCACGACAAGGGAAUUCCAAACAGCCCAAAAUGCAACGAUGGCAACGGGACAUUUGAGUGUGGUGCCUGCAGGUGUAAUGAAGGCCGUAUUGGUAGGCUUUGCGAGUGCAGCACAGAAGAAGUGAACAGUGAUGACCUGGAUGCUAACUGUCGACGGGACAAUGGCACUGAUAUCUGCAGUACCAAUGGAGACUGUAUCUGUGGAGAAUGUGUUUGCAAAAAGAGGGAUAACCCCAACGAGAUCUACUCCGGCAAAUACUGCGAGUGUGACAACUUCAACUGUGACCGGUCAAACAACAUGAUUUGUGGUGGAAAUGGCGAAUGUGUCUGUAGGGUAUGCAAAUGCUCCCCCAACUAUACUGGCAGUGCCUGUGACUGCUCACUGAAUACAUCCACAUGUUUAGCAAAGAAUGGACAGAUCUGCAAUGGCAGAGGAAAUUGUGAAUGCGGCACCUGCAAAUGCACAGAUCCAAAAUUCCAGGGACCAACCUGUGAGAUCUGCCCCACGUGCCCAGGAGUGUGUGCCGAGCAUAAGGAGUGUGUACAGUGCAGAACCUUCGGUACAGGAGAGAAGAAAGACACCUGCGAGGCGGACUGCUCGUAUUUCAACCUCACCAAGGUGAACGAUCGGGACAAGCUGCCCCAGCCGGGCCAGGCCACAGCACUCACUCACUGUAAAGAGAGGGAUGCGAGCGACUGCUGGUUUUACUUCACCUACGGUGUCAACAACACAGAAAACGACAUCCAUGUGCACGUUGUUGACGUACUAGAGUGUCCUACUGGACCGGACAUCAUCCCGAUUGUGGCUGGUGUGGUCGCUGGCAUCGUGCUGAUUGGUCUCGCUCUCCUGCUCAUCUGGAAGCUGCUCAUGAUCAUCCACGACAGAAGGGAGUUUGCUAAGUUUGAAAAAGAAAAGAUGAAUGCUAAAUGGGACACGCAAGAGAAUCCAAUUUACAAGAGUCCUAUUAAUAAGUUCAAGAAUCCAAGCUAUGGACGUAAAGCUGCUGCUCUCUAAAUCUCAGGUGAAAAUCCCAUCUACAAGAGUGCAGUGACAACUGUGAUCAAUCCUAAGUAUGAGGGCAAAUAAUCAGACAUGUGUUACUUUUCUUUUAUUACAACACUGUAUGCAAAAUUCUUUGGGAGGGGAUGGGGGGCGGCUGCAGCAAUGGGUUUUAAUUUAAGUUUUUGUUUUUAUUUUGUAAGUUUUUCAUUAUGAUGGGCCACUAUUGUUUUUUUUACUAACCAUUUUUUUCACUAUGCAGUUUGAAAAUGUACAAUGUAGUAAUUUUUUUUCUAUCUAAAAUUGUUGAUGCCACAAGAGGUCUUUUGAUUUAUUACAAGGUCAGAUUUUGCCUUUCAUUUCAAGCAACCCACAAACAUGGGGCUGUUUGCAUAGUUUUUUUUUUUUUUUUUUUUUUUUUUUUUAUAGCCAUUGUUACGGUGCCUUCCAGGGCUUGAAUUUACAAAGGGUUAUUGCAGUAUUUGUAUUUUGUUGUAAGAUGCUUUCUAUCCUUAGGAAUGUUAUGUGCAAGUAGUGUAAUGGACUGUUGGUUUAGGAGUGGGAAAUGUGCAGAAGAAAGAUACUAUGUGCAGGUGAAAAGUUAGUCUAAUACUGUACUAAAGGAAGAUGAAAUGUGCUUCUGAAAGAUGUGCUUGUAAAUGUAGCUACUGAUAGGCUUGUUCAGUUUAAUACCAGCUAAUUAAAUUAUCUGCAAGUAGCUUGAAGGUGCGUUCCUGAAAUUCAAGCCCUGAUCAACUCUUUAAUGCCCAAAAAAAAAAAAAAAAAAAAAAAAAAUGCCUUAUUACAAAAAGCUUUAGUUUGUUUUAGUUUUUUUUUUUUUUUUUUGCUGUUAAGUAACAUAACUGUAUUUUGCGGGAUUAACGAUUUUGUUGACUGAGCUUGCAUAUGUUUUUUUUUUUUUAUUGUAUUAACAAUUUAUUUUAAAAGAAAUCCUCCAUACACAUUUGUUCCUUGUAUUUGUAUGUAUAUAAGCAGAGGUUACAGUGCAGCCUUGCAUACAAAUGAUCCACACAAAAGGAUUAGCAACACUAUUUUGUUUUGGACAUGUCAUGCAAGAAACAGCAUUAGAAAAUGGCCUCUGGAAUCAUUUUAAAGCGUCUCAUGUACUACAUGUUACAUCUUUAAGUGCCUUUUUAUUUUAGCAUCAUGUUCACUUUUGCAAUACUGUUUCUGAAAUUAUUUAUUAAAGUACCAAAAAUUACCAUAAA